GCGGCCAACCGACAAAUGUCCGAAGCUCGGCAGUCAGAAUACGUUACAGAUCGCAGCCUUCCGGGUUCAGUGCCAUCAGCACAACUGCCGGCAGGGUAUGGAUGGUGGAUGGCUGUCGGAGGCGCGGUGAACUGGCUCCCCCUGGGCGGCGUUUGCAGGGCUCUGUGCCCGAGCAGGGUGACAGUUUUUAAGAACAUAUACAACUCUUAUCAAAGAACACACCAUUCAAGAGCUUUGUUGCCUGUGUGUGCCUCAAGAAAUGAAGUUGUUUUCAAUCAGUUCAAGUUCUGUGUCCCAGUACAUCGUCAGCAACUGGCAAAGCUGAAUCUUGGAGCAUGCAAAGGGCAAAAUGCUGCAGGAGGACAGACUCAAUGUCGGGCUAUGUCGAUUGAUGGCCAAGAAUACCAGGCAAAAUCAAAGACUACAAUUUCAGAGAAUGAACAUUUCACAAUGGUAUACAGAUUUCAAGGAAUACGAUUCUUGAGAGCUAUUUCUAAGUUAAAAAUACUUCAAACUGGCAUAACUGUGGCUCUUCUACCUACAGUUUAUUACUUUUACAUCCAGGAGCUGGUUCAGUAUUCUCUGGUUAGUUAUAUCACUGGGUUAUCGGGUUUAGCUAUAGUUAUGCUUUAUUCUAUGAGUUACUAUCUACGACGUUUCAUUGGGAUGUUGUAUUUGAAUGACUCAGGAACCACAUUGAUGGUUUCACAUCUGACUUUUUGGGGAAGAAGGAAUAACUUUUAUGUCCCCGUUAAAGAUGUCAUGCCUCUAGGAGAUACGGGGGAUGCAACAAAUGAAACUAUUUUGCAGUUUAGAAGGUACAAUAGCACUGAAGUUUUCUACUUCACAAUUAAGUUUGGUCAGAUAGUUGAUAAACAAAAAUUCUUGCAGGUAUUUGGUGGAGUUCAAUGAAUAAAGAAUUCUAGCUUUGCUUCCUGUUGUAAUAAUUUGUAUGGUUGACAAAUAUAAAUGCUUAAGUAAACUCAGCUGUGGAGAAAUAGUUUUAAAUUUUACUUUUAACUUUAAAUCACAAAAUUCUAGUUGUUUUAAAAAAAUUAACACAGAGUAGAAGAAAUACUUUACUGUUUACACAACUGGGGGUUUGAACAUGAGAACAUUACAACCUCUUGGGGCUACUCUGGCAUUCAAUGGAUUGUGGGUGAUCAACUCCACUCUUUCCUGAACCAUAUUCCUUCAUUCCUCUGGAAUCCAAAAGAUUGUAUGUAAUUUCAAUAAUAUAAUUAUUGAAAAAUAUUAGCAGCAGAAUGUAUCGGGGCAAGAAAGUACUAUUUUGGACAAUUUUCUUGAUUGGAGAGCAGGGAUACUUAACAUUUUAGUUCCACUAUUUCUUGCAAAGUGAACAUCUGCCACUUUGGCAUCAUGUAAGCUAAGCUUGAUUAUAUCUGACUGAUGUGAUUUGAGCUUUCUUUCUAUCCUUGUGUUCAUAGGAGCAAAUUCGUUUUAAAACUUAUCAGCUGGUGAACUUCAAGACGCUUCAUAGCAUGAUCAAACAAAACUUGGUAUCGAACAAUGUUGGGUGAUAAUAAAAUGGAUUACCUUAAACUUGGUCAAAGAUGUAGGUUUUAAAGACCACCAUAAAUUAAGAGGGAAGGGUAGAGGCAAGGAGAUUUGUGGAAAGAAUUCUACACUUCAGAGUUCAGACAUUGAAUGCUGAUGAUGGAAGGAUUAAAUUAGGGAAGUGCAAGAUGCAGAAGUGGAGGAACGCUGAGAUCUUCAAAGAUUAUAGAGCUAGAGAAAGACAUGGACAGUCAAUGUGAUUCAGCAUACACGUGGGUGACAGGCAGAUGUCUGUGGGUACAAGUUAGAAUGUGUGCAGGAGCGUUUGGAUUAGCUCAGGUUUACAGAACAUAGAAGAUGCAAGAUUAGGCAGGAAAAUCUUGGAAUCAAGAAGUCUAGAAACAAAGUCAUAGGAGAGGGCUUCUGCACCAGAUCAUCUCAGAUAGGAUGGACGUGCACAGUUUUGGUGUUAGAAGCUCAUGGAAGGGCUAAAUAGUAGGUCAAAAUUGUGAAAGAUGUAGUUUAGGGCCGAAUAUUGGCAGAUGAGAGGAAUGGAGUUGGUGGCUUGCAAUGGUUUUCAAAAGAAACUAUGCUGCGUAGUCAUUUUGCAGAUCUAAAAGAAGUGAUUACAGAAAUAAUGAAAGUACUGGUUUUGAUCUCAUAAAAUCCUAGACUCUAGAAUAGUCCCAGGGACUGGAAAAAAACAACAUAAUCCCCGCUCUUUAGGAAGGGUGAGGAAAGAUAUAUCAGCAGCCUGAUAUCAGUGGUAAAUAAUGUUUUCAAUGUCAACUCUAUUGUUUCAAAAUUAGUAGAUGUGUGAAAUACAGAUUGAGUUUUAUUUGAGAUGGCAAGAUGUAAUUGAUGGAAGGAUUCAUGCCUGGUCCUCUAUUAACUUAGAUGAAGGAACUGUAGUAUGUCUCUCAGAAAGCCGAUGAUACAAAAUUAGGUGGAAAAUUAUGUUAUGCAGGUAAUGCAAAGGGACCAAAAGGAUGACCAUCAUUCUGCAUUUGGGCAAGGAUGAUAGCAGAUGGAGUAUAUUGUCAGGUAAUGUGUUGGUAGGAAGAUUGGAAAAGUGGAAUAUUUUUUAAUAGGUGGGUGUUUAAUAAAUAUUGGUAUUCAGAAGGAUUUGGAUGUCUUUGCACAUGAAUCUUUGAAAAUUAACAAGCAGGAAGUGCACGGUGAAAAUUAAUGACGCUUAAGAGUAUUUAAAACUAUACAAGGUUAAGUCUAGGCAUUGGCUGGAAUGUGGCACUCAAAAAUGGCAGUGUGGAAACAAAUCACUGACAGGAUGAGGUAAUGCUGGCAGCAAUUAACUACACAUGCACACACAUUUUUCAGGGUGGUGUCCCAUGGCUUCUUGUUAGCAGUGUGCACACAGUUUGUGCAUUACCAAACAAUAGGUGGUCAGAUAAUGCCUAAAAUGGGCUUGAUAAAGCAAGUUUUCUUUCUUGACUCUUUUAGACAGUAAAUUCAGCCAAUAGGCUAACAUCCAAGAGUCUUCAAAAAUCAAAUUGAGGAUUUUCAACCAAACUGAAGCAUUUCAAGAUAGGACCAGGAGGGAAUUCAAUAAAUAUCUAUCUCCAUUGUUGAUCACAACUGUUCAAAAGUCUUGAACAGACACAUUGCAGAUGAAUUUCAAUCUUUGUUAAUUUUAGACCCAGAAUCCAAAGUAUAUAAUGGAACCAUAUAAUGAGAGGCUUGAAGUGCUUUUUUGAACUUGCACAGAAACAAUUAAUGCCAGUAUUCAACAACCUUCAUGUUUCACCUUUGAUGGACCCAUGACCUAAGAACAACCGAUAUCACCCAACCAUUAGUACUCAACUGUCAGACUAUCAAAGCACAUAUUCAAAGCACCUUGCGCUCUAUUGUGGUGUGACCUUAAAAGUGUACAACUAUCAUUUCCAAAAAAAGCUGCACCUAACCCACAUUGUCAAUACACUUGCUU